AGCUGAGAAAUUUGAGAGAAGGAGAGGCUUUUGACUCAUAGUUACGGAGUAAAGAACUGAAGUGAGUAGCCAGGUAGAUUUCAAUGCAGUAUCUUGACAGAAAUGUGGCAACCCCAUGCACCGCUGCUCUAGCAGAGGUGGAAUAAGGUCCCAAACUUGUACUGACAACAGAGCCUUGUAUUGACAACCUGGAGCAGGACAAUCUGAUUUUGCAACCUUGCUGUCUCCAAUAUAUUUUUGUAUACAUAGUAGCAACAAAAAAUAGGAUUGCAACAUUCAGGUCACUCAUCUGUCUUCAUCCAUGGAGAAGGGAAAUCUCUUUAUGCUGUAAAGGAGCAAAAACAUCCAGCGAAAACAUUCAGCUCAGCUGCCUGGGUUUCACAGUCUUUGAUGAUGUGGAUGCCCGAGUUCCCAGUAUGGUCACUGGAGCCUACUCAGCUCACCCUGUGCAUUUAUUUUCAGAAGAGCUAAACAGCUCUCUAGACAAAGUCUAGACUGUAAGCUUGGCUGCCUAAGACCUCAGUUGACUAUAAUGGGAGUUCAGACACCUUGCUGAUAAAUGGACAUCCGUGUGUAGGAGUUUGAAUUUGCAAGCUAACAUCCUGCUCUUUGAGUGUUGUAGCCGGGGCAGAGCACUGGGGAGUCUCCUGGGGCAGAGCACUGGGGAGUCUCCUGGAACAGGCUGGGUGGACACACAUCAGGUCUGGCAGCUUCAGCUCUAGCUGCCACCCAAGCCCCGUUCCCUCUGUCUGGCACCGGGAGGCUGCACAGCCCCCAGCAGCAGUCAGCAGGCUGAUGAGCUUGGGGGGGUUUGUUCUUUUGCUCGGAUCAAGUGUAAAAGGUAUUUUCCCUAAUGAAGAACGCAGCAGGUACCAUUUUACCCAGGUCUAGUGCCUGUUUUCUCUACUGAGGGCAGACACGCUGGCUGAAAUCUCUGUGUUUAUAAGCCCUAUACACAAAACAUCCCACCGUCAUUCACUAGUCCUUCAUAAUUUUUGCUAAAAUAAUAAGCUGGACCAGUGGAGAAAAAAAAAAAAUAAAAGGUUAGGUAAAUUGUUCUUAUAGGGACUAAUUAUAAAAUCCAUGACUAUGUUAUUAAACAAGCUGUUGACUUCAAGUCUGUUGGCAGUGCUCCCUCCUGUAUAUCCUGAAUGCGUUCCUAUAAACAAGUUUUCUGGAAGGGUGAGGGCUGAUACAGGGAGUAUCAGCUUAGCUAAGUGAAGCUUAGCUAAGAGGGGAGAAUUACUUUUUGUGUUUAUAAUGGUGAGUAUUUGCUGCUGUGUUUAACAGGACCCAUCUUAAAAGAUAUUGUCUAGCUUAUAAAGUAAAAACAAAUGUUGAAGAUCAAAAUCCUGUUUUCAUAUAAAACCCUUACAAAAUUAAAAAAGGAAAAAAAAAAGAAAAGAGAAAAAUGUUAUUGAGAAAUUCUAAGUCCUGGAAUUUUCCAUGUCAAGCUGAUCCAAUGCAGACAGUACAGACUAAAGAGAGGAUUUUUUGUGCUUGUGGUUUAAAUAGGAUGAGGUUAAUAUUUUUUCCCAAUUGGAAUCUCUUUCUGUAGUGAUAGAGUAUGUUUCUAACUUUGUUUACAGAGGUGGGUGGGUUGGAUCACUGAAACUAAGAUUUUGGUUUGGAUGUGGAUUUGUAUACCUAUUCCUCCCUGUAAAGACCAGGGCUGCUUGUAUCCAGACUCAUCUUUUCAAUUAAUUUGCAGUAAUUAAAGGGUGCUGUGUGGGAUGGGGCUAAAGAGAAACACAAUUAAAAUCUAAUGCUUUUACUUCGGUAUCUGCAUCCUUAUUUAUUUUAAACUAUCUUCAAUGCUCUGACGAAUUUAAGUCUUCCUGUAUCACAUACUGUGCAAACAGAAAUAUGUGAGUGAACUGUUGCCAAUGGCUCUGAGCAAGCAUGGGGCAUGUUUCAGAUUACACUGUGUUUUCUUGUUUGGAUCUGAUCUCCUUGCUAGGAGAGGCUGAGAGAGGCAGCUUGGGGGGAUUUACUUCUAGCAGCAGCAGCAGCACAUGAUCCAUCAAUCGCGUGAUUCUCACCACUAAGGACUAAUGGGGAGGGUGAAGAAAAAGUAAAUGCUGCCUUGGGGAAGCAACAGUAUUUUCUUCUGCUCCUGGGGCCCUUCCAGCAGCUGGACAUUUCAUGGCUUCUCCAAGGUUAGAAACCUACUGCUGCCCUAACAGGGAUGCAGCUACACAGCUAGUGAUGAACUUCCAGCCUGAAGUCUUCUGCGGAGUUUGCAUUGGCAGUGCCUCCAUCAGUCUGAUGCUGACCAUCCUGCAGCUUCUGCCAAAGAAAGGGCAGAGCCCACGGAAGAUGCCCAAAGCCUCCUCCUCUUCCACCAUCCUUCUCCUUAUCUCCAUUUGUGACAUCCUUGGAGGCUUAGGUAUGAUCUUUAGGUCAAGUGUAUGGCUAGGCUUCCCAGGCUUCAUAGCUAACAUUUCUGUGGCGAACAGGACUGAUGUGUGGCCUUCCACUUUCUGCGUGGGGAGCGCGAUGUGGAUCCAGCUGUUAUAUAGCGCUGGCUUCUGGUGGUUGUUUUGCUAUGCUGUUGAUUCUUACUUGGUGGUGAGAAGAUCAGCUGGACUGAGUACAAUUGUGCUGUACCACAUGAUGACGUGGGGCCUUGCAGUGCUGCUCUGCGUGGAGGGGAUUGCACUGCUUUAUUACCCUUCUAUCUCCAGCUGUGAAAAUGGCUUGGAACAUGCAAUCCCACAUUACGUCACAACCUAUGCCCCACUCCUGCUAGUGCUGGUGGUCAACCCAAUCCUGUUUAGGAGGACAGUAUCAGCAGUUGCCUCCUUACUGAAAGGAAGACAAGGGAUUUACACGGAGAAUGAAAGACGUCUGGGAACAGAGAUCCAGAUGCGCUUCUUCAAAAUUAUGCUGGUAUUUGUUAUUUGCUGGUCAUCCAAUAUUAUCAAUGAGACCCUUUUGUUCUAUCUCGAAAUGCAGCCAGAUAUCAAUGAAAUGCCCCUGAAAAACAUCAGAAGUGCUGCACUGAUCACAUGGAUUAUAAUGGGGGUUCUUAAUCCGAUGCAAGGCUUUCUUUUCACAUUAGCUUUCUAUGGGUGGACAGGAUGGAGAGUGGACCUGAAAUGGCGAAAAAGAGAAAUCCCCUGGGAAUCUAUGUCCUCGUCAACUGCGGGGGAAAAUGCCUAUCCCUCACCAGUGAACUACCAAAGCAACGUCCAUGAUUCAAAGAAGAUAUCGACAACUGACAGCCAGCAGACUGAUGAGGCUAUAAGCAUGUUGUCUGAAGGUAACACUAGCAGUGAUGAGAGAUUAACCAGAAGCUCUCCCAUCUACCAGGGCUGGUAGUUUUAGGUGCAGAGCUGGAUCUAAGUUUUCACAUUGUCAAUACUCAUAAAACCACAUCAGUGUGUGAAUCAUUGUGUACUCUGGAAUUAGGUUUGUGCUCAGUGGCUUGAUGUCAUUUCCUAUAACUUGAGAGAGUGUGUGAAAGAGCAUGUGAGACAGAGAGAUAUGGUUUAUAUCUUUAUUCGCCUUCUAGAAGACAUGUAAACAGGUAUAAAGGCUCGAUCCUUUUUCAGUAGGAGCAUAUCUCUGCAAAGAUAUAUGUUUCUGACAAUUAAUUUUCAUCCAUUUUGUUUUAAUCUCUCUUGUAACCUCCAUACAGUAGAAGACUCUUUUGUUUAAAUAAAUAGACUAUUAAUAUGUUGGAUUUUUAAA